UUAUUGGAUUGAUCGCAGCCUCUUUCUGAAUUCUGAAUUUUCUUGUUGCUAUGAUACCCAACAACUUUUAGAAAACAUAAUUAAGAAAAAUCAGGGUUUAUUAGGUUUUCUUCAAUUUUUCUUACUUUUCUCCCCCCCAUGGAAGGUAGCUGUUGUUCGACCUCGACAACAACGACUACAGAGAAUAAGCGGAAGCAGAGGAACAAUUCGCAGCAAGACAAGCCAUACAGAGGAAUAAGGAUGAGGAAGUGGGGUAAGUGGGUGGCGGAAAUUCGAGAACCCAACAAACGCUCGCGGAUUUGGCUCGGUUCUUACAGCAGCCCGGUCGCCGCCGCCCGCGCUUACGACACCGCCGUUUUCUACCUCCGCGGCCCUUCCGCUCGCCUCAACUUCCCUGAACUCAUCCUCGAAGAAGACGUCCUCCUUGACAUCUCCGCCGCUUCGAUUAGAAAGAAAGCAACAGAGGUCGGAGCCCGCGAGGACGCUAUCCAGACUGCUCGCAACCAAUCGGAAUCGAACCCUGUUAACCAGCUCGCCGAGAAGCCCGAUUUGAACAAGUAUCCAGAAUCUUCUGAAGAAGAUUGAGAUAAUCAGACAACUGUUUAUUUAUUUAUUUUUUUCUAUGUUUUCGAUUUCCUAAGAACAGGAUCAAAAACCGCUUCUGCUCUGUUUGAUAAGUUUAUGAUUUUCUGUUUCAAAUCCUGGAAUAUUGUAAAAUCAAACAGGGGAUAGUUUGGUCGGUUAGUUUAAUUAGUUGAAGUUAUAAUUUAACUUUCCAAAUAUGUGUGUGCUUUUUUCUUGGGUAAUUUUGGAUUUUCAUUUGGAUGUUGUCUUGUUUGUAACUAAAUAUUUUGAGAAAUUUGAUGAAAAAGAGGGGCGUGAGAUGAGGCGAAAGUAACGGGGAAUUGGGAAGACAGCUAUGCGGUUGCGGGUAUGGAUGGCCUACCGAUCUGUACUUUCCCGCAAACCAAACAAAAGGGGUAAGGCGGAAGGCGAUAAGGUAAGCUGAGUUUGGAUGCCCAACAACUGGCUUAAGUGUUGUUUUGUUAUGUAUGACAUGCCUGCGGACAUCGUAAGACUCAACCAAACAGGGAAGAGGGACAGAGAGCGAUCCUUGGUGUAGAUGUUUUUCACCGUCAUUGGGGAUGGUGUAAUGGUGUGGUACGCUUAGCAGAGGUUGUUAAUUUGGUGGGGGAUGAUGGCUGAUGAAAGGUGGGCGAUGAGUUGGUUUUUCU